AUGUCGGACAGUGCGAAUGAGCAGGAGAGCGGGCAGCCGGUGGGAGGCCCGUCCCGGCACUUUGGAGGAAAGCAGAACGGGGCGCGGGGGCAGUUUCACAAGGGCUGCGGCAGCGGGCCAGCACGGGCGCAGGGACAGAAGCAUUACGCGACGGCGCGGCCGUACCAGGGCAAGGGACACGGCAAGGGGGCGCGCGGCCAGCGCGCGGAGUACGGCGGCUUACAGAACCUGCCUCCGUACAUGCAAUACUACCCUAGCGCGGUGGCCAACGGCUUUGCGGCGCCCGGGCCAGGCGGCUUCUACAGCUACAGCCCCGCUCCGUACUACCCACCGGCCACGAUGGGGUACGAGAGCGCGGUGCCGUCAGCCAUGUUGAACCCUAAGUACAAGAUGAGCCAGGAGAGCAGCGAGUCGAGCACACCGUCAUCGGCGACGACGACGCCGGUGGCGAAGAAGAUCGAGAUCACGAACAAGUCCGGAGACCACGUAGAUCUAAGUGCCAUCCACCUAGCCCAACACGCCACCGAGACGACUCCUAUGACUACGGCUGGCGCGACAGUGUCCACUUUCAACGAGGGCCCUGUGCCGACGGGUGAAGAGAAGAAAACCGAUGAGAACACCAAGAAGGCACAGCUAGACUUCUUGGCAGAGGUGAAGCGGAGGAAGGAGAUGCUAGCCAAGAAAAAGGCGGUCGACGACGCCGACGAGACUAUAGAAGACGACGCCCUGGAUCGUGCGAAGAGCACUGCAGGCGACAAGAGUUUGCAGCAUCAAGCUUCACCCGAGUCUGAGCCUCGCGAGGUUUCUACGCCGGUGGGAGAACCGCAGGAAGAGCCUGAAACGUCUGUGGUCUCUGAAAAGGACGAGCCAACAGAGGAAGGCGAGCAGUCCAUCACUACAACUGUGAAGGAAGAGGAGCAGCCAGUAGUGGAGGCCGCUAAGCCCGAGGAGCCACUUCUCGCAAAAUCGGAGGAAGAGGUCCCAUUGGAGAAGCCUGAAAUCGCCGAUGCUGCCGCUGAAUCGCAGCCAACCGAGAGUCCAGCUCCUGCCGCCGCUGCCUCAUCGACUUCUGACGCAACCUUAGCACCUGAACCCGAAAAGGAGCCCGUUGUGUUGACUUUUGCUGAAAAAAUGAAGUUGAAAAAGGCUAAGGAAGCACCGGCUUCCGCGGCUUCCGCAGCCUCGAAUGCAGAGGAGGUCACUAAUGAGCAUGUAGAUACUGGAUCCAGAACCGAAGCUGCGGUUUCCGAGGAAGACCAUCUAGAUACAAUGGAUGCCACUGCGGAGGCAGAACAGUCAAAAUUGAUUGACGAGCCAGACAUGAAGGCAGAUGAUGCAACUUUUACCGCUGGGGAAAAGUCCACUCCUGAACCAACCACGGCUGUUGCUGGCGAGGAGAAGUCGCAAGAACCUGAAGAGGUAGAGGAAGCUGAUGAUGACAGAAUGACUAUUUCUGAACUCUUGGAAAAGUUGGAGAAGCUACCGGCUGUCGAAGACAUAUACACAUUCAAGUACCCCGAGAGUGUGCAGCCUCCAUCUGACAGAUUCAAGAAAACGUCUGUUAAGUACACUUACCCUCCAGAAUUUCUGUUACAGUUCGGCGAUAAGGUUAAUGUAAAGCUAGAUGAUACCUGGAAGGAGUCUGUAUUCAAGAAGAUUGUUUUCCCACCAGGAUCAGUCAAAUCAUCUAGAGGUAAGGGUGGUGAUAAGUUCUCUGGCUCUAACUUCAAAAAGUCUGGUUCAAUGCGUCUCGGUGACAGAUCGAAUUCUAAGUCUAUGUCUAAGAGAAGCAAAUCGAAGCGCAUGGCUGACGAUGGCAAGAACAGAGCUUACACUUCUAGAAAAGAGCGUGAAGCGAAGCAAGAAGCAGAGGAUAAGGAUGUUGCUCCAUUGGUUCCAAGUGCUAAUAGGUGGAUUCCAAAGUCGAAGUUGAAGAAGACAGAGAAGAAGCUUGCGCCUGAUGGAGUCACCGAGCUUUUGGACAAGGAGGAGGCUGAAAGAAAGAUGAAGUCUUUGUUGAACAAGCUAACUUUGGAGAAGUUCGAUCCUAUUUCGGAAGAGAUUAUUAACAUUGCCAACCAGUCCAAGUGGGAAGAGAAUGGUGAAUCUUUGAAGGUGGUGAUUGAGCAGAUCUUUAACAAGGCCACUGAUGAACCUCAUUGGUCGUCUAUGUAUGCUCAGCUGUGUGGUAAGGUUGUUAAGGAUUUGGACAAAGACAUCCAGGACAAGGAGAAUGAAGGUAAGGUCGGUCCUAUAUUGGUCUUGCACUACCUAUUUGAUAGAUGUCAAACAGAGUUCCAAAAGGGCUGGGCUGACAAGCUUCCAACUAGUGAGGAUGGCUCCACCGUCGAAGUGAAGUUAAUGUCCGAUGAAUACUACAAGGCUGCCGCUGCAAAGAGAAGAGGUCUUGGUCUAGUACGCCUCAUUGGUUUCUUGUACAGAUCCAACUUAUUGACUUCCAAGAUGAUGUUCCAAUGUUUCCGUAGACUAAUGAAGGACCUAACCGGUACUCCUUCGGAGGAGACUCUAGAAUCUGUGAUUGAAUUGUUGACUACCGUUGGCGAGCAGUUCGAGCGUGAUUCUCUAACGACUCCGAAUGGUAGUACCUUGGAAGGUUCUGCUUUGUUGGAUCAAUUGUUCUUCAUGUUGGACCAGGUAAUGGAAGAUUGUGAAAUUUCAUCCAGAAUUAGGUUCUCCUUGUUGGAUUUGAAGGACAUGAGAAACGCUUCUUGGAAUGGUGGUAAGAAAGACGAGGGUCCAAAAACGAUUGCGCAAAUUCAUGAAGAGGAAGCUGCAAAGAAGGCUGCUGAAGAGAGGGAAAGAAGGAUGCGUGGUAGCUCCAGAUCUGCAUCUAGGCGCCAAAAUAACUCAAUGGGUGGUAGAACUGGUUCCAGGAAAGAUGCUCCUCCUCCUUCGAAGGAUGAUUUCAUUACGAUGAGAUCGUCUUCAUCUAAAUAUCCUCCGCAACAAAAGCAUCAGAAGGAGGAGGCGGCCGCCCCACAGGCAUCUUCAAAUAUGUUCAGUGCAUUGAUGGGUCAUGAGGAUGAGGAUGACGAGGAAGACGACGAAUGA